CGACAACUUGUUUAUAAACACGAUAAAUCAAAAUGGACCAAGAACGGUGAAUACGCUCGAUUACCCAAACAUUAUAAAAAACGUGCGAUUGAGCAAAUAUACGGUGAAAAAGAACCGGUACACUAUGUAAAAGAUACAAGAAAAUUUAUUGUUAAUCACGAAACCGGUGUAUGGUGCGUAAUGAGAUAAGGGAGCAACUUUGGACAAUUUAGAUUUAUGGUUCUUUUAUCAUUUUAUGAAGGACUCGUGUUCAAAAUGUACCAGUAACGGUUGUCCAUACAACUCAAGCAGAUCAAGGUUUAUGGGGCGGCGAAGGUGUUCUUAUCGGUUACGAAGAUUUUCCAGUUGUUGACGGUUAUCAUCGAUGUUUUAUAUCGGUGCCAAAACUGAUGAAGUUAUUAUUUUAUAGUGAAAUAUUAGAUAAACAUUAUGCCGUAUGUGUAACAAGACGAACAGUGGAAAAGAUUGAGCAAGUCGAUGGUUUCGAUCACUAUAUUCUGAAGACACCAUUAAAAGAUCUGAAUUCAAAAUUUGGUUUUGAUCUACGACGUCAGAUGUUACAUAAAUUAGCUAAUAAAGAUUCAGAAUUGU